CGGUUCGUACAGUGCGGUUGUCGUGCCGAUACUUUUUUCUGUCUCUCGUAUCGUCUCUCUAUUGUAUCAACCUGUUUUCCUGUCUUUUUGUGUACACUUCCAUCCCAUACCUAACCUACCUGGACUUCGGUGUCGGCCCGCCAUUUCCUUUUCCCCCGGGGUCUACUACCUAGUGCGCGGCUCUUUCCACACUCACCGACAAAACAAACUGAAAACCCAAAGCGUCACCAUCAUCUGUCACGUGCUAGUAGUGUCUGCUGUACGGCGCGUGAGUGUUUGUGUGUGUGUGUGAGUAUAAGUGUUUACUUUCGCUCGGUUAGUGUUUCUCUGUCGUCUGUCAACGCUUUCAUCUAUUCGAUUGUUGCAAACCAAAGCGUGUAAAAGUGUGCAAAAAGAGCAGAUAAAUAAAGCCUAUCGGUGGAAGUUUAGUGAAAAUCGGUGCUGAUCGAUAUACUAAGCCCGUACUGCCGCGUACAGUGCACCGUGAAUCUGUGAAUUCAAUGCUGAAAGAAGAAGUGGCAGGGCAAGUUCUAGUAGUGGCCAACCAAACGAUCGGCUUGAGGCAAUGAGCGCUAGCAACUGUGCGGGACGCUGUCGCGUGUUUGGUGUCGUUUCGGUUUAACCACCUUUAGUUCGUCGGUGUUUCGGAUGAGUUUUUGAGUGCAGUUUUGGUGUGUAUUGUGUGCCUGGUCUUGUCCCACAGUGAUUGGGAUUCAAUGUUUCGUCGCAUCCACCGUGCAAUGGUGCGGGGUGCUGCGGCUGCUGUAACGAGCAGCUAGAAAGGGCAUAAACGGCCCCCCGCUCAAAACGCCACCAUGAACUAGGAUAACGCCCUUCGGUUCGUCCUUACACUAUCGGUCGUUCUACUGUCUCUCUUUCCCUCCAACUCUGUCUCGGGGACUGUCUCGGAUCUCUGCCUGUACCGUGCAGUUGACGAGGCUGAUGAACUGUGUCGUACCGCUUCUGCUCCUCUGAGCCUGUACUGCUGUAACACACCUCCGCUCAGAACGACCGAAACGACGAACUCUCUACCGUAAAGCUGUCUGUGCUUAUCUCUACAAGUCUGUUGCCGUUUCGCUGGCAAACCGUUUCGUCUAUCCUGAACUGGUACUCUGAAGUUGUAAGCUGCAGCAACCUGUCCGAGCAGCGACUACCGCUGUUCCCUCUAGAUGCAGCAACAACAACAACGAAAAAACAACAUCGGAUUAAGACGCAGCAUUGCAGAAGAAAGUAAAGUCCAAUAUUAUUUCCACUGCUCGCCAAACGAGCGGCAAACCGAAAAGCAAUAGGAAGUGAAGCAAUAAAGCUGUCAAAGCAAUAGCAACCGCAGCAGGAGCCAGGUUGCCACGGCAAGUAGGCUGUGCGAUCGAUUUUCGAUGCAAACGAACGAAUCGGGCUCCGGUCGGCCGGUGUCCGGUAGGUGCUGCCCGGGCAGUGGCAUCCUCCAUCACCACCACCACCAAGUGCUGCGGCUUGGAUGAAGCGGUAUGGCGCCGGCCCCAGUGCCACCAGCUUCGAUGUGUCGGGUUAUGUGUUAGUGUAAGUCUGUUUCCGGCCUGUUUCGGUUGAUUUUGUCGGGCAUCUUCCGCUUGAUGGACUAACCUCGUUCGAAUCUCGCCACUCUCUGUGCCGUUGUGUACCGUUUUACGCGUCCGUCUUCUAACGCAAACAUUCGCAGCUCCGUGUUGGUGUGACGUGUGUAGCGAAAACGAAAGAAAAAAACUGUCCCACCAUCCCCCAAAAAAAGGACUGCACAAUUCUUCAUACUCAUCCGCAGUGCACGUGCUCGGUCUUAAACUGGUUCCGGUGCUGAAUAAUACUGCGCUCCCUUCGUUGCGCCACUCCCGGUCGUGCAAAGUGCUUUCGUAUCUGUGUCACGUUCUGGCGUAAAAUUUAUUCCAUUCUUCUGCUGCUGGCCGUGUGCCUUCAGAGGCGUCAGCGUAGCACCGGAAUUCCCCCACGGGAGAAUCCACCUCCCGGAGCAGUCCCAGCACGUCCUGAGCCAGGGCGGAUAUAAAACUGUGCGGUAGCCUUUCACGUAUCCGGUUCGUGCGGGUGCCACUCCGGGCGCUUCACCUUAACAAGGAUCGAAACGCGGGGAAGAAUCAACAGUUGCUGAACAUACCAAGUGGUGAUAUAUCGUGCUGAAAGUCGAUCCUGCUCCAAGCUCUGUGAGUGGCGGCGAGUAUUUACCUCGAAUGCAACCAGUAGUAUUGAUUGCGAUAAGGAAGAAUCGAAACAAUCGCUAGCUCGCCAUGGCACGGAUGGUUCAACCGUGAGGAGUGCACCGAGCGAUGCACUUGCUGCAUUUGCAGGCCAGUAUUUAGAAGUACCUGAACGACAAAAUCCUCAUCAGUCCCGAGUUCUCAACAGGAUACCAUUAUUUCGGGGUAGCGCGAGCACGAGUUUGGAGCUCGCGGUUAGUUUUCGUCCACAUUCUUCAUUGACACCCGCAAACAAAGAAAGACACCCCACUCUCAAAAUGCCCCGCUGUUUGAUGGCGAAAAAAUGGAAAGCCUACCCGUGGCCGGACCGGGCAGAGGAGCAACCGACCGGCGAGCAGGAGCAGCUGGACACGGUCCCAACCGCGGGCAGCUCUCACACGACGACAACAUCUUCACCCGCGACGGUGGACCGAAGCAGUAGUGGCAGCAGUAGUAGUAGUGCAAGUGGUGCCGGUAGCAGCAGUAGUAGCAAUAACAGUAGUGAUGCCAGCAGCACAUCCAGCUCUCCUUCCACGAUGGCGCCUGAGUGCGGUCAGCCGCCGGCAGCGAGUGAAAUCGUCGAGGAGGACGAAGAGAUCGACGUGGUGGGCGAUUCGCCGGCGGCAGCGACGGCCACGGCAGCCAGCAGCAAGUCCACCGGCAGCACCGUGGCCACCUGUUGGGGUCCCUCCUCACCGACGGCCGGUGCAACGGCACCGAGCCCGCCGCCCCACUCGCCGGAAGCGGCAACGCGCGAGUCGACCAUCCUGUACAACGGUUACGGUCAGGACAUUACGCAUCACUUUACCGCCUACCUGCCAAAGCUGGACCCGGAGUCUUCAAGCUACCAACAGCAGCAACAGCAGCAACAACAACAGCAGUCCUCUUCACAGCAACAGUUCGUCGCACUCGCCCCUGUCCAACACUGUGCAGCACCUGCAACCGCCUCCUCCGCCUCACCGCCAGCUGCGCCCAGUGCCGCCACGGACAGUCCACAGCGCUCCCCCACGCAGAAGAAGUCGCUCGCGAUGUGCUUCACCAGCACCGGGACUGCCCUCUCGCUCCCGCCCAAGAAGAAGGACAUCUACCGGCCGUACUCGCUGGACGACAGGCCACCCCGACCGAGCUACGAGCUGCGCAUCCCGGCCGAGGAGGACCUGCACGCGGCCCACGCCAUCCUGGACCUGAGCGCGUCGACGGCUUUCCUACCGCCGCCGGCACCGCACCAACUGCUCGCCCAGCAGCAACCGCCCUCGCCCUCGGUGCAGCAAUCCAACCCGGCCCCGGUGGUGCUAGUAGUGCCCCCGAAACCUGCCACCGUCGAGCCCGACCGGCGGCCGCUUCAAGCACAUCCUCAGCAGCAGCCCCAGCAGCAGCAGCAGCAGCUUCAUCAGACGGCUUCACCCCCGCCCCUACCGCUGCAGUCACCGCCCGCGACAACGGUACCGCACGCCCUCGGCUCGCCGGAGCAGAACGAGAACCGCAACAGCACCAACACGCUGCCCGGGUACGCGGCGCACGAUGCCACCAGCAUGGACUCGUCCUCGGACGAGCUGGGCCAGUCGGCCGAAUCGUCCGACUCGGAGGGCCGGAACGGGUCGAAAACGGUCGCCUACACGUACGAGGCGUUCUUCGUGAGCGAUGGCCGGUCGAAGAAGAAGAUGGCCGACCCGAAGACGGCCCUGGAGAACAAGGCCAAGUACACGUGCACCGAGUGCGGCAAGCAGUACGCCACCUCGAGCAAUCUGUCGCGCCACAAGCAAACGCACCGCAGCCUGGACUCGCAGUCGGCGAAGAAGUGCCACACGUGCGGCAAGGCGUACGUCUCCAUGCCCGCGCUGGCCAUGCACGUGCUUACGCACAAGCUGUCACACAGCUGCGGGGUGUGUGGGAAGCUGUUCUCCCGGCCCUGGCUGCUGCAGGGCCAUCUGCGGUCGCACACGGGCGAAAAGCCGUACGGAUGCGCACACUGCGGCAAGGCGUUUGCCGACCGGUCGAACCUGCGCGCCCACAUGCAGACGCACUCGAUCGACAAGAACUACCAGUGCGGUCGGUGUCACAAAACGUUCGCGCUCAAGUCGUACCUCAACAAGCAUCUGGAGUCGGCCUGCUUCAAGGAGGACGGUGCGCCACAGUCGCCCCUGAUGUCGCCGAUGUCACCCGGCUCGCUGGACGGUUCCUCGCUGGACGAUUUGCGAUCGACGCCGCUGUCCGAGCGGCGCCAGCCGGUUGCGCUGAAGCGCGAGCGGAACGUCGAUAUCGAGGGCGACGAGUCGGACGACGCCAUGGCGUGUCCGUCGCCCCUGUCACCGGUACCUCACCAUCUUACCAUCAGCCCGGGCGCCCCGAACGGUACGGGCAGCAUCUUUGUGAUGAAAAACCUCCAGUCCGCCGGUCGGCUGGCCGGUAGUGCAUCGCCGGGCUCGGGGACGGCAGCGGCGGCGGCAGCGGCAGCAGCCGCAGCAGCCGCCGCUGUGCUCGGUCCGGGCGCCAUCCUAACGACGACGACAGCGCAUCAGCCCCAUCACCACAGCCCGCAUCAGCAGCACCAUCCGCACCUCCAGCUACAUCAGCACCAGCAUCCGGCGGCGGCGGCGGCGGCUGCUGCGGCGGCCGCGGCGGCCGCUGCAGCCGUGCAGAUAAACGUCAACUUUGCCGGGUAACCGGCGCAACAAGCGACGGCAUGAAGCGGGAUCGACGCGCGGCAACAAUAACUCGUUUUUGCACUGCUGAAUUGCAUACAUCUAGGCGCAUUGAGGGCGCGCGGUUCGUAAGUAGUCACUUAAGCAUUUGAUUGUGUUUUUCUUUCCCUCAAACUAAACUUCACAUCGAGCGUUAUUGCAAGCGGGCUCACAGUUACGCAAGCCUGCUUCAGAGCGAAGAUGGGGAACAUAAACAAACGUACACAGACAGAGAGAGAGAGAGGAAGAAAGAGAAAUACUAUUCCAACUGUAGCAAAACGAGAUAGCGAUCGCAAAACAAUAGAUCAUUUUGUGCCCCUCCCCGCUCUCGAACAGCAUACAACAACAGCUACACGGUGUUGUCUAGUAUUCCCCCUCACUCCCACUUUUACCUAGUCAUUACCAUUAGUCAUGCAUAUAGCAAACGUUUUAAAUGAACCUCUUACUCUCUUUAAACAAAAAACGCAAACCAAACUCCCGAAAACAAAGCGCCGUAGAAAGAAAAAUUGCAAAAGAUUGGUUUAACGGAAGCAGGCUGACGCUGGAUUCGAUACCUAAUGAAACCUUUAUAUACACAAAGUAUAUAUAUAUACAUAUACAUAUAUUAUAUUUACACCCUUAUACAUCUAACAAAACGAAAAAAAAGGAAAAAUGGUAAAGAAACAAAGCAAACAGAAACCAGAGGUCCCCAAAUGUCCUUAACUCCCACUUAGCACCUCCUCCACCAGUAGGAAACAGACUUGCAUAGCGUCCCGCGCCGCGUAGACCGUAACAAUUCAGGGUUUGAGCGAAAGCCGUAGACAGUUGUAGACAGUUAUAGCGUGCUGGAGAGAUGAGAUAGGCGCGCGAGCACACAACUAAAUAGGAAAUACUGGAACCCGGUGCUCGGCAUGUGUCUGUGUGUAUAGUAAGAAGAGAAGAAAACCUAAAGCAAUGCCACCAGCGACGAACCUGUCGGAGCUGCGUAUGCGUCCUGUGCAAUUCGAUUCAAUUAACUUACUACUACGAUUCAAUUAAUUUUUGCGGGCCUAAGCUGGAUCUGUGUGAUGCGGUGCCAGAGACUCACACAGAUUAAUUACCGCAUUAAGGUGGAAAAGAUCAAGCAUAUGUGCCCGGUCCAGCCCGCGCACGCAGAUCGGUAUGAUGUGCUCUUAUUUAUCCUCUCUAGUUCUAUUGCAUUUAACGCGUAGUGAAAAACACAAACACCCCAAACACACACUUCCACACGCAUACACACAACACACAAGCAACUAGUAAGCAGCAAGUCAGCAAUUACUUUCUACAUAAGCUAAACUUUAGAAAUUCCUAUCCUAAAACAAGAAGAAAAACACACACAAAUGAAGCAACGUUAAAAGUAUAUUAAGGAAACGCUACAGCAACACUAAAGUGCUGGCAAGAUGGCGGGAGUAAAAAUGCUACCGCAAGUUGAAAACGAAUAGCAAUGGCAGCAUGUGCAGUAACAGUAACAGCAAUAAGAGAGUUUUAUAACAGGGAAAUGAAAAGCAAAGCAAAGCAGUAAUGGAGAAGAUGAUUAACAAAACCUCUAAAACCAUUCAUUGACAUAUUUUCGACAAUGGCGAAAAGCAGCUCCAAUCCACUUUAUUUAUAUAAUUUAACGUUCAUGCGUCACUUUACCAUUUCCUACAGGUUUAUGUUUCCCCGCACGGCAAAAGCCCGCUGACUCAUUAUCAGCAAGCAGAGGGUGACGGGAGGGGGGGAGGCAAAUGGCUUGAUUUGAGCUCGCACGGCUCGCAUCAUAAAUCUUGCACUAAUCUAAUCGUCACCUUCGGUCCGGGGCGUGAAGAAAACAUAUAUUUUUCACCCUUCACCUGGGAACCGGUUGUUUUUUUUCCCGGGGGCAGCGAGCGAGUGUCCUAGUCACGUCACGCCAUGUAGGGUGUGUACAGUUACGUGUGCCGUGGUGGUGGGAAGAAUGGGGUGGCAAAUGGAUCAUUAGUGUCCGAACGCCAGCCGAGGGCCACCCACGGCUGUAACCAGCGGCAAAACACGGGGUAAGGUGUUCUACCUAGGACACAACUGAACGCUUGACGCUCUUGCUGGAGUGGAUGUUCGCGUCAAAACGGGUGGGAAAUUCGCUUUAUUUUAAAGUCACUCACAUUAAUCAAAGUCACCGUGUUGAUGGUUCCCUUUUAAUUUCUAUUUUUUACACGGCACUCAAAAAAUGUAACAUAAAGAGCAAUUAAAUAUGAAGCAACACGAAGCAAUUGAACGAUCAUCAUCAUCAUCAUCAUGGCAUAAGUAAACUUGUUAAGUAAAAGUUUUAAACAUCACCAAUACGUCCAUUAAGGAAAGGAAUCGUGAACAAGGAAGCAGAAAAGAAAAGCGGUAAGUCCAACAAAACAAGUUAUUGUUUCUAAACCAAUUUCAAAUAUUUUGGUUCAAAUAAAAACAAAAUCAAAUUAAAUAAAAAAAGAAAAAUUAUAACAAAAUGAACUCAAGUCAACUUAGUUUAAAACGAAAAGCAGUAAACCGUAGAACGAUAUGCUGCAGCAAAUCAGAUUUGCGAUUCAUAGCCUCAAAAAGAGAAACAAAUAAACAAACAAGAACAAUGGAAAUGAAAACUUUCAAACUUUCAAGAGAGAGGAACCCCUUUCUUUCCUUAACUAUGUUAAAAGCACCUUAAUGAUAAAAAAAACACGUUUAAAGCAAUGCUUAGAGUAAAUGAGAACGAGAGCGCAGGAGAGCGAAGAGCGAAAAGUGAAUUACUAAAGCAAUAAUGAAAACUUUCGAUCUCAACUAUUAACGCUUGGCAAUAACAAAUAACAAACGGUGAACAAGAAUGUGUGGAGUAUAUGGGUUAAAGUGUGAACGAGCGAAAACGAUAAGGCCAUACUGUUAACAGUGUUUUAGUUUGUACCUUUUUGGGCAGCUGUUUUGGGUGGUUGGGGGUAGAGGGCGCGAACAUCAGGAACAAAUGCAAAAGAGUUUUAAGCAAGUUAGCAAGCUAGGCAAAGCACUGUGUAAAGAUGGCGUAGUUUUGUAAGCAUUGUAGAGAAUUACUUUUUCAUCGAUAAGCUCCUAGACACUAGCAAUGUACUUAACAACACGCAAAAUGAAAAUCUAGUCUUCAUCUAGUCCGUAACUGGUUUGGUUCGUAGGUUUACUUUCCCGCUGACGGAGGCAGCAGUUCUCAGCGCCCCUCAGCAACCCUUUCUACCGCUACUGCGUAAGAAGUUCGUCUGAAUCUGUCGUGAAUCAACUCUUGAUCUGUCUGCAUUACCUCUGCGUACUCCUCUAGUCUGCAUUUAACGAUUUUAACAAUACUAACUUAUGGUUUCUGCUCAAAGAUGUUUGAUUUAUAAUAGCGCAAUUUAAUAUUUAUUCCUUUUGUAAAAUGCACAAAUCGUAAGCAGCUUCUUUUAUUGAGCAAUAUCAAACAAUUACUUAAGUUACUUAUAAACUAUUUAAGCCUUGUUUUUAGAACUUCUAGUCGUACACAUUGUUAGAACCAACAUCUUAAUCCUAUUUUUAACUCAUUCCUAUGUGUAUCUGAAUAUCCUGAGCAGUUUAAUUUCCUUUAAAACAUAUUUAUACACUCCUUCACGUUAGGUGUCACUUGAAAUGCAAAGGACAUGGCAAUGCAACGAGAGAAAACAAACAACGAUUAGAGCAAAAGAAAAGAAAAAAAACGAAAACAAAAAAACACCCCCGAUGCAACGACAUUCUGAACGAAGUAGCAAACGUUUCUGAAACAACGAAUUAGGACAUAAGCAAACAAGAAAUCGUGUACUGUAAAUAUUUAACUCCACAGCUCCACAGUGAGGUCCAUGAGCAUAUGCAUGAGGGCUUCGGAGAGGCUACAGGAAGCAAUCGGAUGAGAAUGUGAAUGUUCCUGCUCAUAGUAAAACACACACACACACACACACACACACACACACACACACACACACACACACACACACACACACACACACAUACAUUUGGCCAUGCAAACGGCAAAGUAAUGCGGGCCUGUGAAGUGUGUGCUGAAGCAAACUAUUGCUAAAGAAAACUCUUCCGUUCCGAGGCUGAUGGUAGUUUUUGGAAGACACUUCCGUGUGAUCCAAAACCCCUGCCUUCAAAACCUGUAAGAGUGUGUAUGUGUGUGAGUUUGGCUGUGAGUACGAGAGCAUGUAUGUGUGUAUAGAUGAGAAUGUGCGUGAAUGGAAAUGGGGGAAAAUGGGGAAGCAUUUACUUAAAACUCUACACUCUACACACGAGAGCACUUGGUGCAGGACGGUCGGGCGGCACAGGAAACCGGAAGCUCUUAGCAAAAGACUGCUGAAGCAUCCUUUGAUGAUCAGCUCAGGCAGGCCAACGUGCCGGCGUUUUCUUGAAAAGAUGCUGAAAACGAUUAAAGUUGUUUAAUUAAAACUAGUUUUCGCCCGCCACUCCCGACGGCCUGCCUGCCGCCAAUGCAGGAUGUUUGCCGGUGACGUCGACGCUGCCAUCCCGGCUUGAAGAUACACGGCCUACAUCCGGCGUUGAGGAGGAACUCUUAUGAUAGUCCCUUCCCACCACACCUACGAUUACACUCAGUGAGUGUAGUGAGCGAGUGAGUGAGUGAGCAAGUAAGGGAAUUGAAACGAAACAUUUUUUCAUUUUACGAACCAGUUCGUUUUAAAAUAGCAAAGUUUCUUUUCUUCUUUUGACUAACUUCCGGGAUGCUUUUUUUUGGUGAGCAGGGCGGGAAGGCUUGCUUGGAUGUACGAAGCAUUGUCGCUUUCAGUCGCUGUCGUUGUCAUCGUGGCGCGUGUUGUGCGAGGAAAGGAAGUUGAUUUUAUUUGCUUCCGUCGUAAAUUGCCAUUCAUGAAGCGUUUGCUGCGGUUGCUUCAGACGCAGACACGUUGAUUGAUUAUUGACAGUGGAAGAUUUUUUCGGAUGGCGUCUUUUCGCUGGCAAGUUUGCGCUGCGAGAAGGAAAGCCGCGGCGCAAUAGAUGGAGGCCUUUGUGGUGCACUUUUUAUUCUCUCUCAGUAAUACAAAAGUUGUAUCGUCAUGUCUAAAGGAUGGAGAAAAAAACCGGUGCAGACAUUUUUCUCUUAUUAAAAAGUAACACAAGACUGUCGCCCAAUCUAGCCACAACAGAAAAAAAUAAUAACUCUGUUCAUUUGGAAAUGCCAACGUCACCUGUAGGCAGUGCCCAGCGCCAGACUAGCCAUUUAGCCGGAAGUGAGGGAAAAUGAUUCUCAUAAACGAACUUCCGUUUUGUCCGUCCACGUCAGGGCGCACCGACAAGUCGUCACCAAUUUGUCAAAUCGUCAUAUUUUUUUCGCCUUGAUGAAGCGAGCAGAAUUUUAAAAAAAAGUCCUCAAACGUCCUUCCGUCACUUUUGCCAUUUUCCUUCCGGCCACGGCCGCUCGCCUGGCGUAAGAUGUUUGCACCUGAAGAAAUUGGAAAAUAGGGCACAAAGACACACUCACACAAAAAAAAAAAACACUGACCAAGAGCAAAAGUGAGGACGAUUACUUCGUUAUCUUGAUGGAAUUUAAUUGGACACUGGGCCGCUGUGUACCGAAUGGUGACGAUUCCUCUGCAAAUUGAUAGCGCCGAAGGAACGACAAGAGAAGGACAAAUUGUGGCCUACGGCAAUGGAAGACAACAAAACGUUGAAAGCUGUCCUGCCUUUUUUUUUUGCUCUCCUCUUCGCCAUUCCGUGUGAUGAGAUGUCCAACAAGUGACAGGAUGCUCAUUAGCAAGGGAAGAUUAAAGGGAAGCCGGAGCGAUCGUGUUUUAAAAGCAAAAAUGUAGACGAAUGUUCGUGUGGUUGUGUAGAGUUUCCCCCAUGAGUGUGUAUGAGUGUGUGAAUGAAAUGAAUGGAAUUAAAUGUAUGUGUACCACGUAAGAUAUUACUAGCGAGCCAAGUUUUGAUAGUGUUUCAUUUGUCGCGUUUUUUGCAAACGAUUGUCAGCGCAGGUGAUUGACUAGGUGCCACACCCCAUGACAGUCGUUUGUUUAUAGUUUCGGUCUCUCUUCUCUCGACGAAGCAGCUACUGCUCCCUGGUGCAGGUGAAAUUGUAACAGGACAGUACUGCUUCAACGAGUAGGUGGGUAAAACGUGCAAUAUAUAAGGAAAACAGCAUUAGUAAGUAUGCGUAAGGAUGCGAUCGUGUUCGAGAAGAAUGUAUAGGAAGAACCACCAGGCAGGCAGUAAUCUAGUAGUAGUUUUAUGUAAAACCAUUCAAACGUUCCGUUCACUUACACCUAAGCUACUUAUCCUUCGCCCAACUUUCUGUACAGUCAAUUAUAAGAAUGCGGUUACGUUGGUACAACGAUGCACACACACAAUUACAGCAAGUAAGAAAUCGCAAGUACGGCAGGUCCCUACCGACGCCAUCUUUGGCAACGAUUGUCAAUUCGUUUCGUGGUCUCUCUAACCUAUAAGUGACAUUAGUGACGUUUAGUAACUUUUUGAGGUUGCGUUUGGGACGGGUGUGAUGAGAAGCCCGUGAAACCCGUUUUGCUUCACCUCUAAAUCCUAGCGGGCCUAAAUUAGCGUUAGCGUUACUGGUAGUACAAGCGGCUGGCUGGAGCUGAUGCCCAGCGGACCAUACCCAGCACAAGUUCGCGGCGCAAACGAGCAAACUAUCUAAUCAUUAUAUGCUGUAUUUAAUCAUUAAGUUAGAAGAAGGUGCUAGAUCCUUCCUUCACACAACAAACAAGCAAUUGAAUUGAAAAGAGAGAAACCUAGAGAGAGAGAGAGAGAGAGAGAGUGUACAUUCUAGUCAUUCACACAAGGAAGAUGUAAUUUCAAACACGAAACAGCUUUCAAAUGAUCUCUGCAAAUAACGCCCAAAAGCUUCGAAGUACGAAACAAAUGUGGUAGCGCUGUAAAUAGACUUCUCCAUAGUGUGGAGAAUGUAAAAAGUUAACGAGUAGUAUGAAUUUUACAAGACUUGAGCGGUUUGAGAAGAAGGGAAGAAACCAUAAAACACAAUUUUAAGAAAACGCAUACACUCCUCCCCGCGUGUGCAUGGCGUUUGCGUUAGAGAAAAACUAUCUAGUACUGUUUUCACUUAUACUUUUCUCUGUUUACUAAAGCACAAGUAGAAGCUAGAACUUUAGUGCCAGUACCGUGGUAUCGAAGCGGACGGGCGGGGUGAACGCUUAACCGCAAGCAAAUACCAAAUACUCACACAGCAAACGCGAAGUGAUCGCGCAACGUGCUUCAUCACUUCGCAGCCAAUUUUAAAUCAAUUUUCCCCGGGAUCAUCGCUGAGGUAGUGGUUCGUGGUUCGGGUUGGAUGCAGAGAGUUCGAUUACAUUCCCAGUAGUGUUAGUAGAGCUCUCUAGAUCCCGCUAGUGAUAAGCAAACUGAACGCAUAAGCAAUUGUAAAUAAGCAAUAUCUAUACACAAGUAGACGCGUGGAUGAGUGGAUGAGACGAGCAAACUAUAAUUAUUGCAAAAAAGGGGCAAAACAUCAUCUUAAUACGUAGUGCUACAUACAUGCUAUUCGUAGUGUAUUGAUUGAUUCCUUUCCUUCUCUCUAACUCUCUUCCUCAUCGCAUUCAAUAAAACGAAGGUAUAUAUUUGAGCAUAUACACACAUACAAGUAUAUAAAACCUUGCAAAAACAGUUAAGCAGUUUAGCAGAAAACAUUCCUUAUCCCGCUUGUCCUCGGAUUGGGCCGAUGCUGACUUUUAAUUGAAUUCCAUCGUAGAGUAGUUGUUGCAGAGGGAGGGAUAGGUGAAGCGCGUGAUGAUGAUGGUGGAAAUAAAGACAAAUAUUUUUAUACUGAUGCAAGCAAACAGUUUAACGUGAAACAGAAGAGUUGGAAGCAGCAAAAAAUGAACAAGAAUUGACAAAACAAAACCCAGUGAUGCAGGACAAAAAAAUGCGGACAAAAUGGCGUAUUGUUUCGGUUGUUUAACUUAUUGUGUAAAAAUUAACUUGUAAAAAAAAGACAUUUAAAAACGCCAAUGACAAAACGGAUGCAAACGAAAGGAAAACUCAGACUAAAACUAGUUCAACAGUGCGCGUGAAUUGAUGCGCACGUUAUUGAAGCCGGAGGAAAAUGAUCGAGUUAGCACCGAGUUGAAUGCGUAGUUUGCGUAGAGUUUCUAUUACACACAAACACUAUAUACUGAGUAUAAUAUGAAACACACACACACACACACACACACAUAGAAACACAAAUACAGAAAAAAAACUACAAACACGACAACGCAAAACAAAACAUAAACAAACGCAAAUAUAUUAUAUUCUAUUAUUAUACAUUGUAUGAUUAUUAUUAUUAUCAUUAUUAUUAUUACUAUUAUUAUAUUGCUGAUUGAUUGAUUGCAAUUAUUGAUAGUGAGCGUACGCUGAACAAAGCUAAGCGAGAUAAGCAAAAACAAACAAAAACAAAAGAAAACUCCUCCCCCACGAGUGGUACAGGAAAACAUUUAAAGUGGAUGAAAUAUAGUGAAAACAUUUGAAAACGUUUAUAAAAGCAAAACAUCAGUUGUGUGAUUGUGUGUUUUAUUUGAUUUUAUGUUAUUAUUAUGUUUUGUUGGAUUUUAUCGAUCUUUGGUUUGAUUUUCCAGUACAUCCAAAUUGGAAAGAAACGGUUUUGGCAAAGUUAAGCAAAAAGAGCAAAAUUAAGAAAGAAAAAACCUAAGACAAUGGUAUUUUUAUAAUUAAUUUGGUUCAAAAUUUAAACGUCGGUAAGUAAGCGCAAUGAGACGCUCAAUUCUUUAUUUUAAAAUGCAUCGGCACAGCUGCACGGUUCGAUAAAGUUUGCGCUAGCUAGGUUGAAGUUGAAUUUUUGCUUUCUUUUUGUGGGUAAUUUUUAAACUCUUUUGUUGUUUUUCAUUAGAUUUUGGUAAAAGGUAUUGGAAGCUGUUUGCCAACUCAUAAAAAAAUAUUUUUAUUAUUUCUGACGGCAGUGGUACGGUAAAAAGUUCCUCCUAGCUUGAAAGUAGAAUGUAGAAAGUAAUUUAACAUAAAAAUUGUAAAACGUAGAAAAAAAAGAAAAGUUUCACAAUCAUAUGAAACAAUUUGUCGCUCAGCUUCAUUAUGAUUUGUGUGCGAUUUGCUUUGAUUUUUACGUUGUUUUUUCUUGUAUCUAUCAUAUUUGCGCUUGUACAAUUUCCGCUUUCCUCACACAUACAUAAAACACUUACAGCUACAAAACUACUCACGCAUUGUAAAAUAUCAUGCAAAAGGAGAUAUAAAGCAGUAGCAAGUACGUUCUUUCACACAAGCAUGCCUCUUUAUGAACGAUCACACCGAACCUUUCAUCAAGCGGGCAGAAGCGCGCUUUAAUAGACGCGUACCCAUUAGCAUUAAACAUUCGGCGAAACGUUUCAGCCUCCCGCUCUUCAGUCAUUAAACAAUUCCACCAGGAUCAGGCUGUACCAGCCGCGGCACACCUUCAACUACUAGAUGAAGUCUUGCGUCUUGCGUUCAGCAGGUUUUUGGAGCGGUGGAGAAAGUUUUGCGCGCAUCUAUUAUUGCAAGCUUUUAAUUGUAUAGCAGAAACACACACACGCACACGCAUCAUCCCUCCAAGAACUCUGCUGACAGGCACACGAUAUAUUAAAGACGUUCUGCUACCAAAGGCUGCUAAUUUAUGAAAGCUCUACCGAAAUUGAUUGACAUCAGAAUGGAAACGGAUCUUCCCGCUGGAUGGUGGCAGUUGGAAAAGCGGGGCCUUUUGUUAUGCUUAGACGUCGCUGUCUACUGCUUAGACGACACGCUCCCGCACACCGUUUUCCCACAGGUCAGGGGGUUUUCCCUCUAAAUCCUGUCCUGAAAUAUGAAGCUACUUAAAGUUUAGGAUUAAGCACGACGAGCAGCCGCGCUCACGUAGCAUUAUCAGGAAGCUUCCCUCCCUGGAAGAUGGGAAAGGGUGGGAUCAAUUCUCGGCAGUCCGGGCAGCGGGCUCAUCGUCUUUCGCUGUCUUAGUGCGGUGCCCCAAGAUGAAGUCAUGAUUAAUUGUUGAUUUUGAUCCUACCUCCCAUCGCAGCAUCGCCCUUGUGUGUGUGUGUGUGUGUGUGGAUGUGUUGUCUUGCGCCCUGUCUUGCACGGGAAGCCACCAAAAACCACCACCAACAAGCGUCCUGUGAAUGCUUCUCGUAAGUUUCCUGAAUAAAUGUCGCUACUAAUUCGUAUUAAUUAACUGACUUCCUAAACUUCCGCUCCCGCUCACUGUGUCCUGUCCGCGUGGCGUGGACCAUCCUAUCAUUUUCCACCUCAUUCACCGACUAUGGAUGGACGGGAUCUCUCUCCCUCUCUCUCUCUUUUUCUCCCCCCCUCUCUCUCUCUCUUUCUCUCUCUCUCGCUCUCUCUCUCUCUCUCUCUCUCUCUCUCUCUCUCUCUCUAUAUCGUUGCUUGAACGAACACGGAGACACGGGAGCAAAAGUAUUCCUCCAGACGCGUGAGGCCUUUGCAGGAAUGAAGGAGCGACUGACGCUGGUUCCCCACCGGGUUCGGUGGGUUGUUAACGAGAAGGCAUCAAGCCCGGUAAUUUAUGUGAAUUAUUGAUGACUCAAACAUUUGUUUGUGUCGGUGAGCUUCCGUUGGUUGUGUAGGCACUCCAAGCGGGAGCGAACCUGCUCGAAAAGUGUCCCAGCAUGAAGACACUCUCGAUGUUUGCGGAGCUCAGAAUGUCCGUGUGUGGCGUGCGAGUGGCAUCGAAUCGGUAAUUAAUUUAGUGUUCUAUUAGCUAAAUACUAUACCGUCACCCACUGCCCCCUGUCGCUGUUUUGAAAAUCAAAGGUGCAAAGUGUCUGUGAUACAUUCCAAGAUACCUCCCAAACGCACCAGAUCAUGAUUUGAGACACACAGAUUGCAGAAGCGAUACACAAGAGGGUUUUGGGUGGAAUAAUUGGAAGAAGUCAUCCUGGAGUGCAGCCUGGAUUCGCUCCAUAAAUGUCAAUUAGUUGCGUGGUUUCGCCCGAAGCCCCGUAAGGACUCGUUCCCCCGGAAUAAUCGAAGCGCGAACGCGAAGAUCCCAAUAGGUAGUGCCAGCGUCUGUACGUAUACGGUGGUAACACUUGGAGCAACACCAUUCGGAAGUGUGCGUCCAUUACGCGUCCUUCCAAUGUAUUGCCCGUGGGUCUGUUGGCUUUAUCUGAUUCUAGAAGGGACACCUCGAAUUCGGGACGAUUUUUAACCAAACACAUGUAUUGCCCGCUCUUUGCUAGGCGGGCCAUGUGCGAAGUGCUUUGACGAUGGGGCAGACGUUGCAGACAAUUUCCUAUCCCGUGUCUGUUUCUCUCUGUGUUUCGCGCACCGACCGCGAACGUGCUCGGCAGUCCGUCUUCCGGUGGGAGUUGCGUUUUAUUUAUCGCCUCACGCUUACGCGAGCUGGUAUAAUUUAUGAAGGUCUAGUGCUAGCGAGCUAGACCGUUUGACCGUCUGUUUUUAUCGGCUCACUACGCAUUGCCAUACUUGUUGCACGUACGUAGUAAUGUGGUCGCUGGAAUUGCUCCUGACAAGCAACUAUAGUUACGAAACGGUGGGCUGCUUUGUAUGGAAGUAGGCUGGGUAGGAAAGGUACAAUUGUGUCAUUCCCAAACGUUAGCAAUACGUUUGGUCGGUUUACUAUUGUGUUAGCGAUUAGCGUUGAUUGCACAACAACUCGUUGCCGGUACAUACGUGUUAGUUGAGAAUGACUUCUACCUCAGUGUGGAGUCACUUUAAUCCAUUUGCUACAUAGAGUGGUUUAAAAUAGAAUUUUCAUUGUUUUCUAUUUAAUGUUCUUCGUAGUAGUACUACUCAAUUCUAACAGAUGGCGCUGCUUGAUACUCAGCGCAAGAGUAUACCAAUAGCACAAUCAAAAAACCUUGAUAAGCGCAACCCUGUUCUUAACCUGACAGUAAAGUAAACCCCUCUAGAAAUACACUUUAUCCGCAUUUCCUGCCGCAUUGCUGCACUUAUUCAAUGCUUUUGCACAGUAAAAUAAUGUAUAAACUCCUUCCCCUGUGCGAAAACUUCUUCCAUAAUUAUAGAUAUUUAAACAUUUAAUGCACCCGAACCCUAAUUUUGCCGAGCGCUGCUUGCAGUCUACUCGAGAGCGCUCCGUUGUGUAAACUUCUUCAAAAACUCAUCAGCAGACACUUCCUAUCCUAUCUCUUUCACAUAUAUUCACACACACAUACUCACGCCCUGAAGAACAAUUUUCGAACAAGGAUCAAACUUUAUCUCCCUGCACUCAUACACUCUCACACCUUGCCCCGCCCUACCCGCACCAAAAGGGCCGAAGCGAGCAAUCAAAUUUCACUUCUGCAGCCACUAAUCAUCGCCAAACUGCAGACAAAGUGCAAUUUAAUCCACCGUCCACUGCACCACUCCGCGCGGCCCGGUUUUCCCCCUUGCCAACUGCAUUUUCCAUCAGUUUUUUUUUUUUUUUUGGCGGGCCCAACUCUGCUAGCGACGAACCUCGGGAAUGCACUCCGAUACGUAUAGCUAUCGAUUGGUUUAACGCUCGAGAGGAUAUUUUGUGGUACAUUUUCUGCAAAUCCGCAGCGCUCAACACACACACUCACAUGCAGGCGAAUGGCGAAUGAUGGGGCGGUGUAGGAAGGUUGCAGUUGCAACGAGCCAAGCACGCCGCAUGCAUCUGCAAUGAGCACAUUUGCCGUUGGCGGCGCAAUUGGAAGGCUGGAAGCAUGGAGAGUCAAGGCACACACACACACACACACACGUCUCUCGACAACCUGCUUUCGAUUCGGAGCCAAAAAGUGGAAGUGCAACCGUGUGCCAAAAACGCCAACCGCGUGCUACCUCCCUUGCCCCAUACCUUAUCCCCUCCCCAUGGGUUUUGCGGGAAUGAGCGCGCACCUUUUUCCGGGACAUGGUCGCUCGAUCCUUGACAGAAGGUGCCGGAAUCACGGAAUCGAAACAACAACACCCACCCACAAGAAGAAGAAGAAGAGCAAGAACGAGAAGGGAGGGA